AUCCACGUUACAGCACUUCUUCUUUCCAAUUAGUUCUCUCUAUGAUCGUACAGGCACGACGGCGCACAUGGCAAGCCUGUAGUGCUGCGCAGCCCCGUAUGAGAACCCUCAUAUUCAUAUCCAAACAUCACCACGAUUUGCAUUUCGAAUACUGCCAGGGCGACAAGUUUUCAACCGACUUCAGAUUAUUCUUCCUCUCCGCCGUCCACAUUCGUGCUCGGCGUCUUGCUCACCACUCCUGAUCGAGCCACCAUGAGCCGAAGUCUUCCACCUUACUUUGAUCACGACACCAACUUUUCGACGCCGCUAGAAAACAUGUACUGGAACGCCGUCUACUACCCCAAUUGGCGCAUAUACCGCGACCAGCCUCCCGUUUCUCUCAAUUUCGAUGUCAUUUCGCACGUCUUCUACGCGUUCGCCUGGGUGAAGCCGGACGGCACCGUCUAUCUCAGCGACGAAUGGGCAGACGCCCAGAUUCCGGUGCCUGGUGUAGGAGAUGUUCCAGAAGCCAAAGGGUGUCUGAACUCUUUCGCGCUACUGAAAAAGAAAUAUACGAAGCUGCGAGUGGUACUCUCCGUUGGAGGAGGUGGCAAAGGCAGCGAGCCCUUCGCUGCGGUCGCUCGAAACCCAGCCAGUCGGGAAAGAUUUGCCCAAACGGCGUUGGGGCUGGUGCAGCAGUUCGGCAUAGACGGCAUCGACAUCGACUGGGAGCACCCUUCGGAUGCAAGACAGGGUGAGGAUUAUGUUGCACUGUUGGCGACUCUACGUGCGCAUUUGCCCGCGCCGCAGUAUACGCUAUCCACGGCCCUUCCUGCUGGCCAAUGGGCUCUGCAACACAUCAACCUUGCCCAUGCUUCGCACUAUCUUGACAUGGUAAAUCUCAUGGCGUACGACUUCUCCGGACCCUGGGUCAAGAAGUGCGGCCACCAUGCUCAGCUCUUCACACCGCACGUACCCCACUCUGCCGAGGCCGCCAUCUCAUGCCACUCGGCGGUCUCCUACAUGGUCCGGCAAGGUGUCCAGCCACAAAAGAUUGUGCUAGGGGUUCCUGCGUACGGGCGGUCGUUUACUGGCUCGAAGGGCGUCGGCCACUCCUAUUCGGGGCACGCGGGAGAGGAAGGCACAUUCGAGUACCGGGACCUCCCCCGCCCGGGCUCGAAGGAGCAUGUUGACGAGCAAGUCGGAGCGGCUUACUGUGUUGGUGGUGACGGCGGGUUCGUCACGUACGACACCCCGCAAACUGUCAGGUUGAAGGCCAAGUAUGUGCGACAGAACGGCCUGGGCGGCUUGUUCUAUUGGACGGGCACCGGCGACGCGAGUGCGCAUAGCCAGAAAGACAGGAGUCUGGUGUACAAUGGGUUUUUGGGACUGUUCCCGCAGUAGUGGUUCGCAUUUGGGCACGCUGCAUCCUCACGGCGUGAAUGCAUGGUCGGCAAUGGGAUUAAAACGAAACGGCACGGCAGGACAUCGUCUUUGAAAGAAAUGAAGUGAUAAUUACUCCUGAG